UCUAUCGCUGUCCGCUCAACAGGAUGAAGAAGAAGUUGAUCCUUGAUGUGGACACAGGGGUGGAUGAUGCUAUGGCCAUCAUGAUGGCCGUGGCAGACCCCAGUGUGGAAAUUUUGGGGAUCACCUGCUGCCAUGGCAACACAAUUCUGGAGAACGUCCUCAAGAACACUCUCCGAGUCCUGAAAGAGUGCAACAGGCUGGAUAUCCCUGUGUAUCGUGGCUGCUCACGCCCACUGCUGGCCCGUAAAAUACAUGCUGGAGAUUUCCACGGGAAGGACGGGCUGGGCGACGUCCCUGAUCCAAAUGCUCCAGGCCUGGAGCUGCUGCAGAAGAAGAAAGCUGUGCAGGCCAUGAUCGAUAUUGUCAAAGAGAACCCUGGAGAAGUGACUCUGGUGGCCAUGGCCCCUCUCACUAACCUGGCUGUCGCAGUGCAACUGGACCCUUACUUCCCUCAGAGACUGAAGGCACUCUACAUCAUGGGAGGCAACACUGAAUCCAGAGGUAACACCACAGUAUGUGGAGAGUUUAACUUCGUGGCUGACCCCGAGGCUGCCUACGUUGUGUUGGACCGCUACACCUGUCCCACCUACAUCGCUCCCUGGGAGUUCACCUGCAGAAUGAGCCUGCCGUGGUCUUUCUUUGACCAGUGGCUGGCCCAAGACACUACGAAGGCAGCCUUUAUGAAAAAGAUUUCGGCCCUAUCCUUCAAGAAACCUCAGUCAGAGAACUAUCAAAAGAUCAUAGCCUAUGAUUUCAACCCCUGCGACGCCUACGCCAUGGCUGCCGCCAUCGAUGACACUCUCAUAACAGAGAGUGAAGAGGUUGCAGUGUCCGUGGAGUUGGAGGGGACCUACACCCAAGGCAUGAUGGUGCUGGACUACAUGGGGCUGCUGAAAAAGAAACACAAGGCCUUUAUCAUGAAGAAAAUUGACUUGGAGAAGUUCAAGCAAAUGUUGAUGAAUUCACUGAAGUAGAAAGAUAUUUUAACAAACGAGAGCCAUGAAUUUUGUUCUCUAAAAUAUGAUUUUCUUCGAUUUUUUUCGUUCAUUUUUCAGCAUUUGUAAUGGUUUUAUCAUUUUGUCUACAACUUGACAGGUGCAUUUAGAAGACUUAUUUCAUUUACCAUAAAGGGUUUGAUUUAUUUGGUAACAUGUCCAUGUGAGGAAAGGGAACUUAAAGGAAGGAGGGAUAGUGCAAUAUAAAAAUAAUAUACAAUGUAAAAAUGAGACCUUUCCAGCUCUAGCACAUUUGAAUGCUCAAAACAUUUGGUGAAUAAAGCAUGUAUACUAGAGAAAACUUCUGUCAUGUGGACUUACAGUGAAGCUCCCACCUCGCUGUGUUUUGUCUAUUUUUCUAAUUUCCCAUCCUCCAUAUCAGUUAACCACGAGCAAAACGCAUAAAAAGCCUGCACAAGUAGUCUGCACAAAACAAGAAUGGAAUUAAUAUAGAUUUUCAGGUGGCACUCAUAUGUUAAAAUCUUCGA